AUGAAACUCUCGGAAGAUAAAGAAACUCAUAGUGAAGAACUGAAUGAUUACGGAGAACUUGUCUCAAUGGUUAAACGUGAUCUAGAAAGUUUAAAAUAUGAUAUUUUAUUCAAUUUCUUGAAUAAGUGUGGCAUGCUAUGGAAUCAACGAGUUGGUACUGAAUUAUUUAGACUUGUUGGAGUUACAUCUUUCAAUGAUUUAUUAAUGAGGCCAAAUCAGAUAUGUUCUGCAACCCAUGACAACAUUGAUGGUUGGAAAUGCAAAAGGCUUAACAAACAAGCUGAUCAAGAGGAGACUCGCAAACAAUUGUGGCAUUUGGAAAUGCCAGGUUCUCUUCUCGUGGUAAAUAAGGUGGAAGGGGGGUGUGAGAUUUGCAGUGCCGCGUUUGUGUAG